CAGGAGUGAGAGUACCUGACGGUGGUCCGGUCCAUCUACUUCAUUUGGUCUUCGCGUCUCCGAAAACUUUGAAAAAUGUUCAACAGUCUUCUCAGGGAAAUUGAAGAGGACCCAUUCUUUUCGGACCCAUUCCAAGCUCACAAUGAGCAUUUCCGCCAACUGAUGCGUAGUUUCUCUGAGCCUUUUGGCGGACAACUGAUGCCCAGCUUGACAGAUGGGAGACGGCGUGGCCUUGAAGGACAUCCCAGCUCAAAUCUGGCUCUCAGAGACGAACGCAGGGACGUGGACAUAAGGAACCCCUUCAGCACGUUUGACAACAUGAUGAUGAGCGUGAGGAGUCGGAUGGAAGACAUGCACAGAAACUUUGAGAACCUGUCCACAGAUUCCAACACCCACUCAUUCAGCUCCUCUUCGGUUAUGACUUACUCCAAAGUGGGGAAUGAGCCUCCCAAGGUGUUCCAGGCCUCCUCACAGACACGCCGGGCUCCCGGAGGGAUCAAGGAGACCCGGCGGGCGCUGAAGGACUCCGAGAGCGGCCUUGAAAAGAUGUCCAUCGGUCACCACAUCCAGGACAGGGGACACAUCAUGGAGAAGAAACACAACAAGAAGACAGGAGAGAGGGAAUUCAACCAGGACUUCCAGAAUUUGGAUGAAUCUGAAGCGAAAUCUUUUGAUGAAGAGUGGCAGCGCGAGGUGUCCAAGUUUCAGCCAUCUGUAUCCAUGUCUUGUCUGGACGCCCCAAAGCCUCGUGCUGCACAUCGGACAGCCCUCACUGGCCCAGAGCAAACCCAAAGAGAAAAACCAAAGAUUGACGGUAGAAAGCAAGUGCAACUUGACGACAUAAAUGUGAAAGGCUCAAACAUGAAGAAGUAAAAACAUCUGUGUGUUUGUCUCUGUACUGAAUAAAACUCGUUCAGGCAACAGACUAUCUGGUGCUUUACACCCAUACAUCAACAUUUGUGUCACCAACCAGAUGCAGGCAGAAACUGGAGGGAAUAUUUUACUUCACUGAUACCUGACAGAAGCUGCUAGAGGUUUUCUCAUUCUUAUUAUUUCACACACAACUCUGCCAGGAAAACAAAAUGGGUCAGUUGUACCUGUGAGAACAUGAUGAAACCGAUACACUUUGCUUUAUAGAGAUGUAAGAAUAAAUCCACCUUGUAAUUGAAACUCAUGAACAUCGUUUCAGUAUAAUUUUACAGUAGCAUUAUUUGGAUCAAGUUGCAUAUAAUACAACAUUCUUCUUCAGGUUAAUAUAUUUUGUAGCUGGAAUCGCAACGCUUUCAUUUGCGCUUCACGCGUUAUUUUCUGUAUGGAUUUCAAAACACAGAAUGGUGAUUCAUUGACUGACUCACUCAUAGUCCACUAGUGCACUUAGACAAUGUCUAAAUUGUCUGCUUGUAAUUAUAUUUUGUAGUGCUUGUUUUUCUAGAUAGUUUUCUCCGCUGUAAUCUUUGUAAAAAAUAAAAUGGUACCUUUUUAUAUUGUUACAUGUUAUGGGUUUUCUUGUUUUUCAUGAAAUAAACUGAAUGCUGCAUAGUGCCAGUUCUUGAAAAGAAAAUAUUUGAAUUAUUCCGAAUAAUUCUUGUCUCAAUUGUUUCUAGUUUUCAAGAUAAGC